CGCCGGGCUGCCCGGGCCUGCCGAGGGGCGGCCGCAGCCUUCUCCCUCCCACGGCCCUCAUCCGCCGGCGUGCCCGUGGGGUAUAUUUUAAUUAUCAAUUAAGAUGGAUAUCCGAGGUGCUGUAGAUGCUGCUGUCCCAACAAACAUCAUUGCUGCCAAAGCUGCUGAAGUUCGGGCAAACAAAGUAAACUGGCAGUCGUAUCUCCAAGGGCAGAUGAUUUCAGGUGAAGACUGUGAAUUUAUUCAAAGAUUUGAACAGAAAAGAAAUCCAGAAGAAAAACAGGAGUUGUUGCAAACAGAAGGCAAUCAAUGUGCUAAAACAUUUAUAAACUUGAUGACUCAUAUCUCCAAGGAACAGACUGUUCAGUACAUUCUGACUAUGGUUGAUGAUAUGCUGCAAGAAAAUCAUCAGCGUGUUUGUAUCUUCUUUGAUUAUGCAAAACGUGGUAAAAACACUGCAUGGUCCUAUUUUCUGCCGAUGUUGAAUCGACAAGAUCUUUUCACUGUGCAUAUGGCAGCACGAAUUAUUGCCAAACUGGCUGCUUGGGGGAGGGAACUUAUGGAAGGCAGUGACUUGAAUUACUAUUUCAACUGGAUUAAAACUCAGCUCAGUUCCCAGAAACUACGUGCUACAGGGGGUUCUGUGGAAGCAGGAGCAGUCUCCACAAGUGAUAGUUCCCAGUAUGUACAGUGUGUUGCUGGAUGUCUGCAGCUGAUGCUCAGGGUCAAUGAAUAUCGCUUUGCAUGGGUAGAAGCAGAUGGAGUAAAUUGUAUCAUGGGGGUCUUGAGCAACAAAUGCGGCUUCCAGCUCCAGUAUCAGAUGAUUUUCUGUGUGUGGCUGCUGGCAUUUAGCCCUCAAAUGUGUGAAUAUCUCCGUCGGUAUAAUAUUGUUCCAGUGCUGUCGGAUAUUCUUCAGGAAUCUGUCAAAGAGAAAGUAACUAGAAUCAUCCUUGCAGCAUUUCGGAAUUUGUUAGAGAAAUCUACUGAGAGAGAAACUCGCCAAGAAUAUGCUCUUGCCAUGAUUCAGUGUAAAGUUUUAAAGCAGCUAGAGAAUUUGGAUCAGCAGAAAUAUGAUGAUGAAGACAUAAGUGAAGAUAUCAAAUUUCUACUGGACAAGCUUGGUGAGAGUGUGCAGGACCUUAGCUCCUUUGAUGAGUACAGUUCUGAGCUCAAGUCCGGAAGACUGGAGUGGAGUCCUGUACACAAGUCUGAGAAGUUUUGGCGGGAGAAUGCUGUAAGACUAAAUGAGAAGAAUUAUGAACUACUCAAAAUCCUGACAAAACUUCUGGAGGUUUCUGAUGACCCACAAGUGCUGGCUGUAGCUGCUCAUGAUGUGGGAGAAUAUGUACGACACUAUCCCCGUGGGAAACGAGUGAUUGAACAACUUGGUGGUAAACAGCUGGUAAUGAACCACAUGCAUCAUGAAGACCAACAAGUUCGUUACAAUGCACUGCUGGCUGUGCAGAAGCUGAUGGUUCACAACUGGGAAUACCUUGGAAAGCAGUUGCAGUCAGAACAACCUCAAACGGCCACCGCACGGAGCUAAACACUUCCGUCAGUUCAUGCUUAUAUCUACAGUACGUUUGUCUUUAAUAUCAAGGAAACACUGAAAUUACAUGUUCUUUGCCUGCCACUAGUGCAUAAACUUUCCAGCUUUCCUCCAGUGUUGUUGGCUUAGUAAAAAAAUUUGUUUGUUCAACUAGUUCUGAUGAUUAUGCCUAUUAGCUUCCUGUUAUAUUCUGAAUGUAUAUGAGGAAAUGUGGCUAAUAUAUUGCGUUUGGUUUAUGUAUUUAUUCUCAUAAUAAAGAAUGUUAUUAAGGAUAUUAAUUCUGUGUUAUAAUUAGCCUAGAAAAAUUGUUCUCUUCUUUUAGUGGGUUAUCAGUGUUGUCACUUUCCAAGAAAAGCAAGUAGUCCCUAUAUGUCUCCAGACAAAUUAAUAAAGCUUUGUAAUAAAGCUUUGACUUGGUGUUCUGUAGGAAAUGCAAUAGCCUGAGAAAUGUUGAUUAUCAGUACUGCAAUAUAUACCAAGUCUCAAAGUAGUGUUAAAAUUGUAUAUAAAAGGAAAUGUAUGGCAUUUUUUGGGGGGGUGGGGUACUUCCCUCUUGUUAGAUACUACAUUAAAAAAUCUGGACCUGAGAAGAGGAAAAGAAAAUGAACACUCCUCUAAUGAAAAUUGAUGCACUUAAGAUUAUUAGUGAAGCUGUGUAAUGUCAGUGUUAAGGCUGUAGAUCAGAGAUCAAGCUGGUUUUUUUUAAUAACUGUGCAGUAACUGAUGAACUUGGAAUUUCAUGGAUUGUUUUUGUUAUUGAAAAUACUUGUAAAUGUUAGGGUUCUGGUGUCAUUCUAAAAUCUAUUGUAUUUCCUUUGUAUUAGCCAAAUAAUUUGGCUAUCAAUCUUUUCUGUAUUUUGUAGCUCCUGAUAGUAAAAAGGAUGUAAGCAUCAAUAAAUCAAAGAUGAUAUUGGAUUGGCAUGUGAAAACAGUCUUGUUGCAUAUAUAGGAGCUUGGCUCCAGGCACUUGCAACACUAAGCAGUUAAUAUUCUUGUGGUUCAUUUUUAGAAUGGAACAAAAAGAUGAGAAAACAUGACUUAAUCUCAUCGGUAGUCUUGUGUGGUGCAAGUCUCUGAAGAAGCUUAGGGUACUUCGUCAUCAAGUAAAAAAACAAAUUGGGAAAACUUUUCUUACCCAGUCUGGAUUUUCAUCAUAUGUAACUAAAAUUUGACCACUGUUGCAAUGGAGAGAGAAGACUUUUAGGGGAUGAGAGUUUGUGAUGAUUUCUUGGCCUGCUUAAUUAAAAUUGGAUUGUGUAGA